GAGAGAUGGGCGAGCAGGGGAGCUCGAGUCAGUUGAUGCGACUCAGCGAGUCUUCCAACUCGGGCCUGGUCAACGAGCGAGUCCUGUUCCUGGUGUUCGAGCACGUGAAGUGGGACAUCCGCACGCUCUGCUGCGUCGCGGCCGUGAGCUGGAAGCUCCGCGCGCUGGCCAAGCGCCUCUUGUGGCGCGAGCUCUGCAUCUCCCGCGCGCCGCGCAUGAUCGCGGCGCUCACGGAGGGCGCCACCAACAGCCGCAUCAUCGGCGGCUGGCCCGCUCUCGCCAAGCUCCUCUUCUUCUGCGGCGGGUGCGAUCUCGCAUCCGCGAGGCAGUUCCGCCUGGGCCGCCCCCUCCGCGGCCACUUCGCGGGGGAGUCGCGGUUCUCGAAGACGUCGGGGCGGAGCUUCCUCGCGAGGAGCUGCCGCGGCGACGUCCUCUACGUGAGCGACCCGGGCGAGCACGCGGCCGCGGAGGAAGGGUGCCACGACGUCGUGGGGAUAUACAGAGGGGUGUUUCGGUCAUUUUUCAAGUCGAGGACGCGGGAGCGGCUGAUCGCGAGGCAGAUCGGGUUCGUGGAGGGGGUGCGGUGCCCGUACUGCGCGGCGAGGGUGUGGAGCAUGACGGCGGCGCCGCUCAUCCCGCAGAGGACCGCCGCGAGGAAGCUCGGAUCGAGCGGCGACGGGGCGGUGGAGUACUACGUGUGCCUCAACGGGCACCUCCACGGGCUCUGCUGGCUGGUGCACCUCUCCUCCUCCGACGGCGGAGAUGAGGAGGAGGAAGAUGAAGACGAUGACGGCAGUUUCUGCAGCGGCGAUGAAGACGGCGGCGAUCGGAAUUGCAUCAAUUCAGCCAACAACGGUGAUAAUAAUUGAUGCAAUUACAUAAUUAAUUGGUGCACCUCUCCCCCGACGGCAGUUUCUGCAGCGGAGAUGAAGACGGCGGUGAUCGGAAUUACGUCGGUCGAGCUAACAACGGUAAUAAUUGACGCAACUAAUACGUAUUUAAUCGGGAUUAGUAGAAUAUUAAACCGGAAAUGCAAAAUUUUAUUAAGUAGAUUAGUUUAAUUAGUUAAUGUCCAUUGGCAUCGGUGUGGGGAUAUAUUUUGUAGGAUUAAAAAUUACUACUAUGAGUUUGGAAAUUUCUAGUUCUAAAUUUCUAAUUAGUAGGAGUAGAAUGAAUUUCGAUAUUUUUAUUUUGUUACCGAGAAAUUUUAUAGUAGUAGCUUUAUUCGGUUUGUCGUUUCCUGAUAAUUUUUACCUUUUGUGUAUGCGUUGCAUGUGUUGCAUGCAUCAAUUUGUGAAAAAAGUCAAAUUAUGUAAUUUUAAAAUUAAUUUUAUUAUUGUUUUUUUUUAAAUUUAUUAGGACAAAACACUCUGAUUUUUAAUUAUAUUACGUUAUUAACACAAUAUUACAACAAAUUAGUAGCAUAUUUAAAUUUAAAUUAUUUAUUAAGUCUG